CAGAGGCAAGGGGAGUGGGAGAGCCAGGGAGACUGCGGAGGGAAGAGCGCUGCAUUGGGAGUGGGCUCUGGGGAGAGCGCGGCGGUCGCAGCUCCCGGAGCCUCCCUCGCAGACGCCCGGAUCCCGUUCCCCUCUCCUCUCCGCCGCCGGCCAUGGGCUCCGAGCGGGACUCCGAAUCGCCGCGCUCCUCCUCCAUCCCCGCGGCCGCCGCCAAGUGCCCCAAGCCCGGCCGCCGCCGCCGCCUCUCCUUCCAGAGCGUCUUCUCCGCCGCCGCCGCGGGCGGCCGCCGCCGCGCCAAGCCCGAACCGCCGCCGCCCGCCGCCGCCCCGCCGCCCCCCCCGCCGCCUCCGCCUCCGCCGCCGCCGCCGCCGCCGCCCCCCGAGGAGGCUCCGGUGCCGGCGGAGGGCGGCGGGGACGAGGAGCUGGAGUGCCCGCUGUGCCUGGUGCGGCAGCCGGCGGAGAACGCGCCGCGGCUGCUGUCGUGCCCGCACCGGUCGUGCGGCGCCUGCCUGCGGCAGUACCUGCGCAUCGAGAUCUGCGAGGCCAGGGUCAACAUCUGCUGCCCCGAGUGCAGCGAGCGCCUGCACCCCGCCGACAUCCGCCGCCUGCUCCGCGACGCCCCGGGGCUCGUCGCCAAGUACGAGGAGUUCAUGCUGCGUCGCUGCCUCGCAGCGGACCCCGACUGCCGCUGGUGCCCGGCGCCCGACUGCGGUUACGCGGUGAUUGCCUACGGCUGUGCCAGCUGCCCCAAGCUGACCUGCGAGAGGGACGGCUGCCAGACCGAGUUCUGCUACCACUGCAAGCAGAUAUGGCAUCCGAACCAGACCUGCGACAUGGCCCGCCAGCAACGGGCGCAGACGCUCCGCGUGCGGACCAAGCACACCUCGGGCCUCAGUUACGGACAGGAAUCUGGGCCGGCCGAUGACAUCAAGCCGUGCCCGCGUUGCAGCGCAUACAUCAUCAAGAUGAACGACGGGAGCUGUAACCACAUGACGUGCGCGGUGUGUGGCUGUGAGUUCUGCUGGCUCUGCAUGAAGGAGAUCUCGGAUCUGCAUUACCUCAGCCCUUCUGGCUGUACAUUCUGGGGCAAAAAGCCAUGGAGUCGUAAAAAGAAGAUUCUGUGGCAGCUGGGCACGUUGAUUGGCGCUCCUGUAGGCAUUUCCCUCAUCGCCGGCAUUGCCAUUCCUGCUAUGGUCAUCGGCAUCCCGGUGUACGUCGGGAGGAAGAUCCACAGCAGGUACGAGGGAAAGAAAACCUCUAAGCACAAGAGGAACUUGGCCAUUACUGGUGGAGUCACCCUGUCUGUCAUUGCCUCUCCAGUCAUCGCAGCUGUCAGUGUUGGUAUCGGAGUCCCCAUCAUGCUGGCUUACGUCUACGGUGUUGUGCCCAUCUCGCUGUGCCGAGGCGGUGGCUGUGGUGUCAGCACCGCCAAUGGAAAGGGGGUGAAAAUUGAGUUUGAUGAAGAUGAUGGACCCAUCACAGUGGCUGAUGCCUGGCGAGCCCUGAAGAACCCCAGCAUUGGCGAGAGCAGCAUUGAGGGGCUGACAAGUGUGCUGAGCACCAGCGGCAGCCCCACCGACGGGCUCAGCGUCAUGCAGGGCAACUACAGUGAGACGGCCAGCUUUGCUGCGCUCUCGGGCGGGACCCUGAGCGGUGGCGUCCUCUUGGGGGGCAAGGGGAAGUACAGCAGGCUGGAAGUUCAGGCAGAUGUCCAGAAGGAGAUUUUCCCCAAAGACUCGGUCAGCCUGGGGGCUAUCAGCGACAAUGCCAGCACCCGAGCCAUGGCUGGUUCCAUCAUCAGCUCCUACAACCCUCAGGACAGGGAGUGCAAUAACAUGGAGAUCCAGGUGGACAUCGAAGCCAAACCGAGUCACUACCAGCUGGCCAGCAGCAGCAGUACUGAGGACUCCCUGCAUGUCCACACCCAGAUGGCAGAGAACGAGGAGGAGGAGGAGGAGGAAGAGGACAGUGAGCAGGAGCAGACAUGCAAACACCAAAGCUGUGAGCAAAAGGACUGCAUUGACAGCAAAACCUGGGAUAUCACCCUGGCCCAGCCCGAGAGCAUACGGAGCGACCUGGAGAGCUCCGACAGUCAGUCGGACGAUGUGCCAGACAUUACCUCGGACGAGUGCGAGUCCCCCCACUCUCAGACUGCGGCAGCCUGCCCGCAGACCCCCAGAGCGAGAGGUGCCAAGAGCCCAAGUGCCCACCUGAGCCACUGUGCCCAAGCCGAGGGCUGCAGGCUGGAUGAAAUGGUCCAGCUGGAGUGCAUCGAAGCCAGAGUAUGAAGGAGCCUCCUGCUGAAAGCACACUUGCUGGCAUUGCAUCUUCUGGGGCAGGGUUGUGUCCAUGUUGGCAUCUGUCUGCGGUUCUCCAGCCGGCUCCCCCCUCGCCUCGGGGAGCGGCACUUUCUUAGUGACAUAAAAGAAAAAGGACAAAAAAAAAAAAUCCCCCACCCUCUUUUUGUUUUAAUUUAUUGGUUCAAGCUCUGUGAGGUGUGUAAGAGUAUAAAUAUGUACGUGUGUCUGUACGUCUGCAACCAUCCCAAGGGACUCUUUGAA